GCGCGCAGUCAAGGUUGCCCAAUUCUCGGGACUUUAGGUCUCCAUUUGUGUUCCCACUGGAGGGGACACGGAUUGGCCGGCAGGGCCGUAUCACUUCCUAUCUACACUCGGGAUACGCUAGCAGGGAGGGCAGCUCCGGAUGCGGCGCGUUCCUCCCUACGCUCCUUCUGGAGUUCCCCCGCGGCGCUGGGUGGCAGGCCCUACUAGGGAGUGUCACUCGCCGGGAGGUCUUUGUCCUGAGGGCGUGGAGGAGGAGAAAUUCCCCGGGGCGGGGGAGAUGCGCACUUCCCGCCCUGGGCGCUUUAUCCGCGCUCGGCGCCACCCCAGGUUCUUUCGCUUGGCGACGCGAACAUGUGCGGGCUGGUGAGCGAGAGCGCGCUGCGCCGCGUGCGCCGCGCACAACUGGGGCGGACUUCCUCCAACGCCUGGAGCUCACCCUUGGUACCUUCGAGCGCCUCGGGCGUCGGAGCGCCCCGACUUUUGCCGCGGGGCUUUGAGCACCCAACCCCCCAGGAUCGCCAGGAAGGGAGCAGCAAUGGGAACCCACGUCUCCCUCACCUCUCCUCGGCCGGGCAGCACCUCUACAGCCCCGCGCCGCCUCUCUCCCAUGCCGGAGUCCCCGAGUACCAGCCACCGCCCUACUUUCCACCUCCCUACCAGCAGCUGGCUUACUCGCCAUCGGCAGACCCGUAUUCACAUCUGGGCGAAGCGUAUGCGGCUGCCAUCAACCCGCUCCACCAGCCGGCGCCCACUGGCAGUCAGCCGCAGGCCUGGCCCGGCCGCCAGAGCCAGGAGGGGGCUGGCUUGCCCACGCACCACGGGCGCCCAGCCGGCCUGCUACCCCACAUCUCCGGGCUGGACGGUGGCGCUAUGGGCGUCCGCAGGGAUGGCUACCGCCGCUCCGACCUGCUGCUCCCCCAUGCGCACCCCCUGGACGCCUCGGGCCUGGCGGAGAACCUGGGCCUGCACGACGUGGGCCAGCAGAUGGAGGAGGUGCAGAUUGUGGACGAGCAGCAUCUGCUCCUGCAUGAUCAGACUGUUAUUCGCAAAGGCCCCAUCUCCAUGAGCAAGAACCCCCUGGGUCUCCCCUGUCAGAAGGAGCUGGUGGGGGCUGUGAUGAACCCCGGCGAGGUCUUCUGCUCCGUGCCUGGAAGGCUGUCGCUGCUGAGCUCCACUUCGAAAUACAAAGUGACCGUGGCUGAAGUCCAGAGGCGGCUGUCCCCGCCUGAGUGCUUGAACGCCUCCUUGCUGGGAGGUGUCCUCAGAAGGGCCAAAUCUAAGAAUGGAGGCCGGUCCUUGCGGGAGAAGCUGGACAAGAUCGGGCUGAACCUCCCAGCCGGGAGACGGAAGGCUGCGCAUGUCACCCUGCUGACAUCCUUGGUAGAAGGGGAGGCCGUCCACUUGGCCCGUGACUUCGCGUACGUGUGUGAGGCAGAGUUCCCCAGCAAGCCGGUGGCCGAGUACCUGGUCAGACCGCACCUGGGGGGACGGAACGAGAUGAUGGCGAGGAAGAACAUGCUGCUGGCCGCGCAACAAGUGUGCAAAGAAUUCACCGACCUCCUCAACCAAGACCGCACCCCCAACGGCAACAACCGCCCCGCCCCAGUCUUGGAGGCCAACAUCCAGAACUGCCUGUCCCACUUCAGCCUGAUCACCCACGGGUUCGGCAGCCAGGCCAUCUGCGCCGCCGUGUCUGCCGUGCAGAACUACAUCAAGGAGGCCCUGCUCGUCCUGGACAAGUCCUACAUGAGCCCCGGGGACCAGAGCCCCGCCGACCCCGGCAAGGCCCUGGAGAAAAUGGAGAAGCACCGGAAAUGAAGUGGGUGGGGACCGGGCAUUGAAGAGCCUGAGGGGGUGGGGUUCUCGAGAACCACUCUGGACCAGCACAGAUGGGGUACGGGGCGGGGUGGGGGGGACUCCUCUUGCCUGGGGGACAAGUUGAGCUUGUUACCCUUGUUCCCAUUAAAAAGGCCUCUCUCUGGAUCUCCAGAUCUUGGCCUGACCAUGACCUCUUGGAGUCCUUAGUAUUUCUCCAGCGCGGAAGCGCUGGAUACCUUAUUGGAAGGUGACAAGUACUGGUUCUUCACUCAUUAAGCUUAUAUGUUUUAUUGUUUUGAACCCCAUUCUUCCCAUCUCUGAAGUGGUGCUACAGCGUUUUCAAACCUUUUCAGUCCACCCCCUGGGCGAACCAGAAACCCACACGCUUAAGCUGUUGAAAUGUCAAAUCUGGCGGGACUCAAACCCAUACAAACUUGUUGCGGUGUGUCGAGGUCAUUGCUGGCUUUUGUGCCCACUAAAUAUUUAUCUUUUUUUAAAAAAAAAAGUAUUUAUCUAGUGUUUUGGGGUAUCAGAUCCUACACACACGGUAGGAGGCAGAUUCUACCCGCUUAGCAACUAAAUGAAUAGGUGGUAUCAUAACACAUAAAGUCCUCGCUCAGAGGGGCCUUCGGGUUUUAUACACCUUGUA